AUGGCACAUGCUCCCCUCCUACGAACCAACACGGCACCGGUAUUCUCACAGUCUUCGAACGGUGUCGGAGGCAUCAGUACCAUGAGCCAUGCGCCGCGCGCCAGCCAACUGUCUGGCUCAACGGCGUACAACAGCUCCUCCGUCUCGUUAGCCUCGUUGUCAUCCGCUGCUACUGCUGCGACGACCGCCACCGCGACACCCCAGAACGGUGGGCCCGUCAUAGCCACAGCCAACAUCAUCAACCAGAAGGCUGAUGCCUCUCGCUCGCUCUACCACCUGUGUAUGGCGCUCAAAGUGAGACUCGCCCAGGUUCCCGACUUUGGUCCCUACCUCCAGCAACUCGAUCCGUACGACCCAGUCGAGUCUCUUUGGGGUCUAUUUCGCACCGGUUUCCCUCUCCUCGAGAUCUAUAAUGCGUUGCAACCGCCUGUGCCCCUCAAAAUCGACGACUCGACCCCCAAGACCACGACUGCCGACAAGAAAGCUAAGAUUGCCGUUUUCAAGUUCAUCCAGGCUUGCCUGAAGGAUCUCGGUAUUCCUUCUGCUGACUGUUUCGUCAUAAACGAUGUCCUGGGCAACGAUACAACGGGUUUCGUCAAGGUGGUCAAUUAUGUGCUCGAUCUCGCGCAGGAGCGUGGCUUGCUUCUGCAGGCUCAGCCGUACCCCGAAGACGAAGCCGCUCCCGAACCAGGCUCAAAACUGAGCUACCGCGACUACAUUGUUAAGGAGCUGGUUGAUACCGAGCGGAAAUAUGUGCAGGAUCUCGAGAAUCUGCACGAUCUGAAGAGCAGCCUCGAGACCAAGGGCAUCAUCACUGGCGACACCAUUCACCAGAUUUUCCUGAAUAUCAACGCCAUCCUGGACUUCCAGCGGAGGUUCCUCAUUCGCGUCGAGACGACCAAUUCUAUGCCGCAGAGCUCCCAGCAUUGGGGAGCUCCUUUCGUUGUUUACGAGGAAGCUUUCGAUAUUUACCGCCCUUUUAUCGCCAACCAGCGGAAGGCCGCGCAAGUAGCAAACCAGGUUUUCGAGCAGAUCAAGACGGCUGCGCAUCCGGUGGCAGUCGACUUCAACACACUGGACGGUUUCCUGCUGAAACCAAUGCAGCGUCUCGUGAAAUACCCUCUUCUGCUCAAGGAUCUGAAGAAGAAGACGGAGGACGAGACUGCCCAGAGCGAACUAGCCGCCGGCAUAGAGGCUGCGGAGCGAGUCCUCACCAAGGCAAAUGAAGAAGUAAAUCGCGAUCUUCUAGAUGAGGCGCUCGAGGAGCUCCGUGUCCGCGUAGAUGACUGGAAGAGCCACAAGAUUGAGCAGUUUGGUAAGCUGCUAAGGCACGGUGUCUACACCGUCGUGACCGGAAAGACAGAUCAAGAAAAAGAGGAGAUCUCUCCGAACAAGAGCAAGGACAAAAAGGACAAGACACGGUCCACUGGCCCAAGGAUUCGCAACAAAAACGCGAAGCUCCAGCUGAAGGGCAGAAUCUUCAUGACGAACGUCACGGACGUCGUCUCUCUCUCCAAACCAGGUUCUUAUAGUGUCCAAAUUUGGUGGAAGGGCGAUCCUGGCGUCGAGAAUUUCAUGAUCAAGUUCAACAACGAGGAGAUGCUGAAAAAGUGGGCUCUCGGCUUGGAGACGCAACGCAAGGUAUGGUCUCAAAAGACCGCAGGCAGCCCGGAUCAAGCAGCGCCCGAAUUUGCUUGGACCCAAGCUCACGGGAGCAAACUUGAGAAUCCAUACCUCAACCAGGGCGAUGACGAGGACGACGAGGACUUGGGCCCAACGUCAGCGCCACCCCAAUUCCCAAUGUCGCAACAAACAUCCGGGAAUGGACCGCGCCUCCCUCGCAACGCAUCAAGCACCAGCCUGCGCCAACGAUCUGCGACAAACGACAGCACAGGCUCGUUGGCCGGCAUGGUCCGCGCCGCUCCCCCACGCUUCCCGUUACCUCAGCCUCCGGGACCGUUGAGUGUCCAAACUCAACUCCUCCCGGGCCAGUCCUCGCCUGGUUUCCGCGGCGGCGACUCAUACUUUUCACCCAUUGCCGAAUCACCCGCCUCGUCCAGGGCAAGCACUGCCAGUUCCAUGAUGCCGCCCUCUGCUUACCCGUUCCCAAAAACGUCGACGCCCCAGCCUGGUUGGGGAGAAGAGCAGAAUCGGUACACAGCACCAGCCAUGCCGCGUGCCCCUUCGAGGGAUGGUCCUUCGCCGAACCCUUAUGGGAAUGGAAGGAACCCUCGAGGGCCCUCACUGCCGGCCAUGGCCUCGAACAACCAGAGCGCGGCCCAACAACAACGAAGUCGCUCGUACAGCACACCGGAUAUCAAUGGGCCCAACGGUGUGCCAAGCGCACGCCGCAACCCCUCAGUGCCAUCGAUCCCAGCAGUACCGGGCAUUCCGUCUCAUCUGCACCCAGCUCAUGACGGCAAUCUUCCCCGCUCCCAGACCGGGUCUCCCCGACAGCAGAAUGAGCUUCCCAUGAGGUCAAACACGCAGAGCCCGGGUACCCAACGUGAGCGGCAGUACGGCCAUCAAUCAUCGGGUAGCUAUGGUGGCACCAUGUCUCACUUUCCUGCUCAGCCGAUCUAUCCCCGACACGGAACUCCUACUCAGGGCUUCCACAACGAGCGGAACCUCAGCAUCGACGCAACCGCAGCGGGUCGGUCUAUUUCGCCUGGCUUGGGUACCGCCUCUGGGAUCCAGACCAAUCCUCUAGUCAGCCCGGACCUGCCAAUCCCCACUCAAUUAAAGGUCAAGGUAAACUGUGUUGACAGCGGGAAUUAUGUCACACUAGUGGUUGCAUUCAACAUCACGUACCAGUCACUCAUUGACCGCAUCGACGCUAAGCUCGCUCGCUUCACCAGCAGCAGCAUCAGCAAAGGCGCGUUGAAGCUGCGAUAUCGUGAUGAGGAUGGCGACUUCGUCACCAUUGAGAGUGACGACGACAUUCAAAUCGCAUUCCUCGAAUGGCGCGAGGGCGUGCGAAACAUGUACGCUGGUGGCGUUGGCGAGAUUGAGCUCUUUUGCGUAGGAGACACGGGUGGCGGAGGCAACAACGUUUGA